GUGUGAAGUCCACGGCGACGAGGUCGAUUUGCACUCUACUAACACCAACAGCACAACUCCGUCCUCACAAUGGCCAGCCGACCGACCGUGACCAUCAUUGGCGCCGACGGUGCUCCUUCCCAGGACACCCACCCGCUCCCAAAUGUCUUCAAGGCGCCAAUCCGCCCGGACAUUGUCCAGACGGUUCACACUGGCAUGGCCAAGAACAAGCGCCAGCCAUACGCCGUGAGCGAGAAGGCCGGUCACCAGACCUCUGCUGAGUCGUGGGGAACUGGUCGCGCUGUCGCCCGUAUUCCUCGUGUCAGCGGUGGUGGUACUCACCGCGCUGGUCAGGCCGCCUUCGGUAACAUGUGCCGUUCUGGACGCAUGUUCGCACCAACCAAGGUCUGGCGCAAGUGGCACCAGAAGAUCAACCUCAACCAGAAGCGCUUCGCGACUGCCUCUGCCAUCGCUGCUUCUUCGAGCGCUGCUCUUCUCCUCGCCCGCGGCCACCGCGUCAACGAGGUCCCAGAGGUCCCACUCGUCGUUUCUUCCACCGCCUUCUCCAACGCCGCUGUGAAGAAGACCUCCGCUGCCGUCGCUCUCCUCAAGUCCGUCGGUGCUGGUCCAGACCUCGAGCACGUCAAGAACUCCCGCAAGAUCCGUGCUGGUAAGGGUAAGCUGAGGAACCGCCGCCACACUCAGCGCCGCGGUCCUCUUGUCAUCUACGAGCCAGAGAAGGAUGGCAAGGAGCUUGUGCGCGCUUUCCGCAACAUCCCAGGUGUUGAGACUUGCACUGUCUACUCUCUCAACCUCCUCCAGCUCGCUCCAGGUGGUCACCUCGGCCGAUUCAUCGUCUGGACCUCUGCUGCUUUCGCCGCCCUCGACAGCGUCUACGGUAGCACCACCGAGCCUUCGGCACUCAAGCGCGACUUCCUCCUCCCACAAAACACCGUCGCACAGGCAGAUAUUGCCAAGAUCAUCAACAGCAGCGAAAUCCAGAGCGUGCUCCGACCUGUCAAGGGUGGUGCCAUCACCAAGCGCACUGUUGUGCAAAAGAAGAACCCGCUCAAGAACAAGCAGGUCCUGCUCCGCCUCAACCCAUAUGCCAAGGCCUACUCAAGCGAAGGUCUCGGUCACGUCAAGAGCACCGACAAGCCGAUCGUCAAGGACCAGGCUUUCGAGGCUACUCUCCACGAGAACUAAGCGGGCGCUGUUGUCGUUGUAAUGACUUUCUAUGGGAGCAGGCAUUGUGGCUGGAAAGGGACCGCUACAUGGCGUUCAGUGUAGCGCAAAUGAAGACAUUUCAGAUCUUUCAAUGCUGUUGCAUCCCGUUGGAAUGUCUCUACAUCUCUUUCAUACUGUUCGGUGAUCGUGAUUGCCCUGUAAAAUCAAGGGUUCUUGCCAAGCCUGCCCAUCGUCUUGACCCACC